ACCCUCUCCGCCAAAGCCGCCGCCGCGCUAGACCAAGAGCUCAUGUCCACGGGCGCCUUUUCCAUUGAUCAAUUAAUGGAAUUAGCAGGCCUCUCGGUCUCACAAGCCUUGUACAAGCUGCAGCCUCUCCACAAAGGCAAGAGAAUCUUGGUUGCAUGCGGGCCUGGAAAUAAUGGCGGCGAUGGAUUAGUCGCUGCUCGGCACCUCUUCCAUUAUGGAUAUCAGCCAACGAUCUAUUAUCCGAAACAGCCCAAGAACGAGCUCUAUCAGCGCCUCACCACCCAACUCCACGACCUCAACAUCCCCUUCACCAACGACUUCCCCACCGCCCUCACCACAACUGACCACAUCAUCGACGCCAUCUUCGGCUUCUCCUUCACCGGCGAGGUCCGCGAGCCCUUCCCCGCCGUCAUCGCCGCCCUCCGCGACACCCACCUCCCCGUCCUCGCCGUCGACGCCCCUUCGUCGUGGAACAUCGAGACGGGCCCGCCGGACGAGGGUCCCGGGAAGGGGUACAUGCCGAGUGCGUUGAUUAGUCUGACGGCGCCGAAGCCGCUGGUGAAGUGGUUCAGGGGAAGGCAUUUUCUGGGAGGGAGGUUUUUGAGCCCCAAGAUGGCGGAGAAGUAUGGGUUGGAUUUGCCGGCGUAUGAGGGCGUGGAGCAGAUUGUUGAGGUGCCUGUGGAGGGG